UACCAACAUUUGACAGUUGUUUAAAAAUGGCCUCCGAAGAAACGUCAAACGUUAGUGAACGAGGAAAAACCGAAAAAAACAAGAAUUACAACCCGAAAUUAGACUUUUUCAGCGAACAGUUCGAUCCACUGUUGGCUUUACGAACACCGAACGUAACUAUACCGGUUCCUAAUGCAAAAACGCACGAUAAUAUUCACCGAUUUAAGUCAGUGCUCGAGGGUAAAACUCAAGCACCGGUUAAAAGCAAAAAAACCGAAGAGCCCCAAACUGCUCCGGUAGAAAGACGGUGGUUGCCACAUCAGUUACCCAUUCAGACCAAAAGAAAAACGUUUUACAGAAACAUAUUUGUGAGAAUGGAAAACGCCGUUGGACCUUUACAGCUCCUCAAGACUUGUAGGGAGAAACGGCAUAGAAUCAAGAUCUGGACGCGACAUAGUCAUGACAUUCGAGGAUAUUGCCUGGCGUAUGUUGUCGCUUUUGAUAAGCAUUGGAAUCUGGCAUUAGAAGACGUUGAAGAAGUGUGGACGAGGCCGAAGAAACGGAAAAUACCAGCGCUUGAUAGUACAAGAAAACUAGAAAUUAAGCCGAAGGUCUUACCACCGCCGAUUACUAUAAUACAGUCAACAAAAAAGACAGAAACUUGCUCAAGGCAUGUCAGUCAGCUUUUGCUCCGAGGUGAACAUAUUGCCUUUAUAGUUGUAGUUCCGAAUGUACAGAAAGAAUAAAUAUAGAAUUAAGUAAA